AUGGGGAAGUUUAGGGGGGUUCAGCUUCCAACUAAUGGUUAUGCUGGGAAUGUGGCUUGUAACAAUGCUGAAGCUGUUGUGGAGUCUAUUCCUUCUGCAGAAUUUUCAGUGAAUGAUGUUGAGAAAUCUAUCAAGUCCACUAUUUGUAGAGAGAAUGGUGAACAGUUAAGGAACUCAAUGCAAAAUGAGAAUGGAUUUCUUCCAAGUUUGAUGCCCUCAAAUGCUAAAAAGGAUCAUGAGGGGAGAAAUGUUGCCGAGGCUACUAAAGAUUUAGGCUCAAGUUCAACCUGUAAGUCAAUAUCCAUGUCACUUGUCUUAUUGUUUAAAAUGUUUUGAUAUUUAGAAGUAGCUUAAUCUCUGUGAUAUUUAUAAGGAAGGAUUCUCUGUGAGGAUAGUAUUAAUUGGAAAGCCUCUAUUUUGACAUGGACUUCCUAUGUUAAGAUUAUCAAUUAGUGAAGGAGUGAGAUCAAAGAAACUUGACGUUGAACAUUUUCCUAUUUAUUUAUUUUUCACUAUGUUAACCAAAUAACUUAUUAAGGACCUGAUUUAAAACUAGCAUCCUUGGCAACAGUUGAUUGAUCUAUUUUUUGAGUGCUUGGUCUACACUAAUGGUGAUGCAUGUUUCUUGGAUAGUUUUCUUUGCCAUUGACAUAUUAUACAAAAUUAAUAUUCUUCUGAUGGAAUAACCAUACAUUAUCUUAUUCUAGUUCUAUGAUAUUUUAUCAUCCAUUAAUUAUCUUGU